CGGGCGGCGCGGCGUGCUGGGCUGGCGCUGCCGCGGUUUGACCGUGGGCUUGCUGGUUUGAAGUGCCAUUAGGUGUGUGGCUGGCCGGGAUGUUACGGGCGGCUGUGACGGUGGAGGAGGAGGAGGAGGACGCCGAGGAUUGUCCCGUGUUGGUUCCCAUUGACACCAAGCAAAGAGCGGAGGAGGACCGGCCUGGCCCGGGCGUCAAGAUCCCUGUCACAAUUAUCACGGGGUACUUAGGUGCUGGAAAGACAACCCUUCUGAACUACAUUUUGACCGAGCAACAUAGUAAAAGAAUAGCAGUUAUUUUAAAUGAAUUUGGAGAAGGAAGUGCAGUGGAGAAGUCCUUAGCUGUCAGCCAAGGUGGAGAGCUCUAUGAAGAGUGGUUGGAACUUCGAAACGGUUGCCUGUGCUGUUCAGUGAAGGACAAUGGCCUUAAAGCUAUUGAGAAUUUGAUGCAGAAAAAGGGGAAAUUUGAUUAUAUACUGCUAGAGACCACUGGAUUAGCAGAUCCUGGUGCUGUGGCGUCUAUGUUUUGGGUCGAUGCUGAACUAGGGAGUGAUAUUUAUCUUGAUGGUAUUGUAACUGUUGUAGAUUCAAAAUAUGGAAUAAAACAUUUAACAGAAGAAAAACCUGAUGGCCUUAUCAAUGAAGCUACUAGGCAAGUUGCAUUGGCAGAUAUCAUUCUCAUCAACAAAACAGACUUGAUUUCAGAAGAGGAGUUAAACAAGUUAAGGACAACUGUUAGAUCAAUAAAUGGACUGGGGAAAAUAUUAGAAACACAAAGAUCAAGAGUUGAUCUCUCUAAUGUAUUGGAUCUUCAUGCAUUUGACAGUCUCUCUGGAGUAAGUUUGCAGACAAAACUUCAGCAUGUCCCAGCAGCGCCUCACCUUGAUCAGAGUAUUGUUACAAUCACCUUUGAAGUCCCAGGAAAUGCAAAGGAAGAGAAUUUAAAUGUAUUCAUUCAGAAUCUCCUGUGGGAAAAGAACGUGAGGAACCAGGACGAGCACUGCAUGGAGGUCAUACGGCUGAAGGGCCUGGUGUCCCUCCGAGACAAACCACAGCAAGUGAUUGUGCAAGGUGUCCAUGAGCUCUACGACCUGGAAGAGACUUCAGUGAGCUGGAAAGAUGACACUGAGAGAACAAAUCGAUUGGUUCUUAUUGGCAGGAACUUAGAUAAAGAUAUCCUUAAACAACUAUUUAUAGCUACUGUGACAGAAACCAAAAAACUGUGGACAGCACAUUUCACAGAAGAUCAGGCGUGCCUGUAGCAUUGGAUACAUUUCUUAUCAAAAGAACUGUAUAAUAAAAAUGAGAUUGGGUUUAUUCCAUCCUGUAUUUACCUUAUCUGUUAUAAUUCCAUUAAACUUUAAGAUAAUAUUUUAUAGAAUAUAUUAACUUUUAGUAAAUCAUUGUAAAACAUUCAACAUUCAUAAAAUAAAAUUAUUUUUUUUCAGA